UGUUCAUUCACUUGUAUUGAGCUGUAACGGUCGCAAUGGCAAUGAAUGAGCCUGUCUCCUCCUGGACACUGAGUGUCACCAUACUGAGGGCAGAAAACAUUCGCUCAUCAGACUUUUGGUCAGAGUCUGAUUGCUACAUCACCCUGACUCUCCCACCUGCAAUUGUUUUCAAGACAAAUACUGUGGCCAACAACAAAAACCCAGAGUGGAACCAAAGCUUUAAUUUCAGACUCCAUAAUAAUCUCCAGACGACUCUCCAGAUUAAGAUGCAUGAUGAGGACCUCCUAUUUGACGAUGUGAUUCAAACAAUCAGGUUUGAUAUCAGCACCCUGACAGUAGGGCAGAGGGAAAUCAAGGAAUUUGCUAUCCAGCCACAGGGUAAACUUUGGAUCGCCUUUGACCUGAAGGAGAGUGACAAGAAAGUUGCCAGUCCGUUCAAAGGCCUUCAUUCAGGGGGUAAGACUUCCAUCGAUAAGGAAGUGGUUUCUUACUGGAAAUUAAAUGUUACCGUACUCAAAGUCAAAACAAGCUCUUCCAGCGAUUACUUUUCAGAGUCAGACUACUAUGUCACUCUUUGUCUUCCUACGGCGACCGCAAGUGCUUUCAACACGACGACAGUGCACAAUAAGUGCAAUCCGGAGUGGAAUGAAACAUUCACCUUCAGAGUCCCCUCCCAUCUGAAAAAUGUUUUAGAGAUCAAGCUACAUGACGAGGACCCCAUUUCAUAUGAUGACAUCAUUUCAACUGUUCUGUUCGAUCUCAACAACCUCACGCUUGGGAAGAAAGAAAGAAUCGCGUUCAACUUAAAUUCUAAGACAUUGGACCAAAUUUUUAUUCAACUUGAGAUGCUUCACAGUGAGGAGCCCUCGUGUGAAUAUCUCAGUAAUGGCAUCCUCAUGGCUGGCCCAUUCUCUGUUUUGGACAUCAGUGUUGACAAUCUUCUAAACAAUUAUGAUUUUCUGGGUAAAACUAUAAAGGUUCAUGGUGCCUGUCCUGAGAAUCAGAGUUUGUCAGCGAAGGAAAUCACCAAGCUGCGUUUCUAUGUCAACAGAGAUUUGGAAACUGAACUUGGAGUGGCAUCCUCUGCUGUUGAUACCACCUUGAGUUCUACAAGGCUUCAGCCGUUACGACCUGAAGACACGAGCAAAGUGUCCCUUGUCAUUGAUCAGGAUACGGUGGAUUUAAAGGUUGAGACACAUGAAUGGGUCCAUGACCAAAUUGCAGUUCGUCUGGAUUUUGACAUUCCACAACAAGAGAAAGAGUCUUUGAAGAAGAGGAAGCUCAUUGUCGGUCAGAAUAUGCAAAAGCUCCUUGGCCUUGCAUCUCCACCAUCACCAGACCAGGUGCCAAUUAUAGCGUUGGUGGGUUCAGGGGGAGGAUCCAGAGCAAUGACAGGCUUAUUUGGCAGUUUAAAGAGCCUGAAAGAAAUAAAUGUUCUGGAUACUGUCUCUUAUAUCACAGGAGUGUCUGGAUCUACUUGGACUAUGGCUGCCUUGUCUCAAGAAGCAAACUGGUCACAAGAUGGUAUAGACAGUACCAUCGCUCAAAUAAGAAAAGAGAUGACUAAGAAUUUAGUAAGUUUAUUCAGUCUGGAAAACCUGGAAUACUACAAGCAAGAACUGGAAAAAAAAAAAAAUGAAGGGCAUAUUGUGUCAGAUACUGAUGUAGCAGGGUUGCUAUUUGAACAUGUCAUUUUUGGGAAGAAAAUUAUCAAUACCCUGUCGGAGCAGCAGAAGACAGUAGAUCAAGGUCAAAACCCUUUCCCCAUAUACACUGCUGUCAAUAUGAAGGAGAACAUAGGCUGUGAACCAGAAGCUGAAUGGUGCGAGUUCACCCCCUAUGAAGUUGGCAUUCAAAAGUAUGGAGCUUUUGUGCGAACUGAAGACUUUGGCAGUCAGUUCUUCCUUGGUCAUCUCAUCCAAAAACUUCCAGAAGUUCGUAUCCCUUAUCUGAUUGGAAUAUGGAGCAGUUUCUUUUCAGUCAACCUGGUUCAAUUAUUCCAAAUCACCACUGGAGAGCCCCAGUCCAGACCAGAUAUCCAACAAACAGAGCCUGAAAAUGAGCCGUCGACUCUUGAUACACAAAUCUUUGAUUCGUCCACAGCUGUCUCCAGAUUCAUCAGUGAUUGCGUGAAGAAUCGCCCAAUUAGUUCUAAAGAAUACAAUUUCAUGAACGGUCUCUUUCUGCACUCAAACUACAACACGCAUAGCAACUUCACAGCCUGGAAAGAAACACACCCUGAUGCCUUUCCAAACUUAUUAACACCCCGCGACUCCAUUCUGCAUCUUAUUGAUUCUGGUCUCGUCAUCAAUAUUGGCUGUGCCCCUGUCCUACGUCCAGAGAGAGAAGUGGAUGUUAUAAUUGUGUUUGAUAAUUCCUGGCACCCAGACAACAUCUUCAAGGAGCUACAGCAGACAGCAGUUCACUGCAAAGACCAUGACAUCCCCUUCCCCCAUAUUGAUUUUACCACCGUGGAAGGCGAACCUCGGAGAGAGGUUUACAUCUUUGAAGAUAAGGACAAUCCCAGGGCACCGAUAGUGAUUCACUUCCCACUUGUCAAUAUUUCAUUCAGACAUUUCAAACAACCAGGUGUGAAGCGCGAGACUGCAGAAGAAAUAAAAGCUGGAGAGGUGGAUGUGUGCAGCAGCGACUCUCCAUACACCACUGAAAACAUUUCCUACUCAGAAGAGGAUUUUGACACUCUCGUGAAUUUAACUGCCUAUAAUGUUGCCAACAACAAGGAAAACAUCAUCGAAACGUUGCAUAAGAUCUUGAAAUCUAAAAUGGCAGUCGAGAUAUAAGUUGGAGACUCCCGUGACAUUGUGAAAGGUUGAGCUUCCUUCAUUUAGUUAUCUUUCAGUGAUUAAAAUGAGUACAAUAAAUUCAAAAUACAAUUUAAAACUACAAAUGCUGUAUUAUACAGUACUGUGGCAAAGUCUUCGUCCACCACUGCAAAAACUCAAAAUCUUACCAAGAAUAUUUCUUACUUCUAGUCAAAAAUAAUGUACGCAUGUACGCAUUGUAGGGUCACUGAGACCUCCAUGAAGUUUGUUAAAAAAAAAUUUUUAAAAAGAGGCUAUCCGCUGACGGAGGCUUGGGUUUAGCCUAGUUCUCCAAUGAGCUCCAGGGAUAACAUAGAAGUCACGGAAAUGGAAAAGGAGCCAUCGCUGGAGAGGGUGACCGCAGCACAGUGGCAGAUUUAAUGGGAGAAAGUUGAUCUAACAUAGCAUGAAGCCAGAUUGGCUAGGUAGCCAGCAGGCUAGCUGGACAGGUGGCAGCUUGGUCCGGUCUAUAAGAAACAGGCCCGGCCAGGAUGCUACCUGUGGCCAAGUUACAGCCGGGGAUCCUCGUUAAAGUAAGCCAUUUUAAACGAAAAAGAAAAACUCUACGGAGAUGCGGCAGCUAAAACGCUUCAGUCAAAACGUGCUAGCUUGCUAGCAUACCAGUUCAAUCUGUAGUUUUCAAAUAAUAAAUAAAUUGGAUUUUUCAUUUGUUGGACUUAUUUUGGAAUACUACAAGUAAUAACAAUUCGAUUGUGAUUCGCUGUGGAGUUUGCCUGUUCUCCCCGUGCCUGCGUGGGUUUUCUCCGGGCACUCCGGUUUCCUCCCACAUCCCAAAAAACAUGCCUGCGAGGUUGAUUGAAGACUCUAAAUUACCCGUAAGUGCGAAUGUGAGUGCAAAUGGUGGACAGUUUCUAUGUGGCCUGCGGAAAAAAAAAAAAAAAAAAAAAUCUACUUUAUUCAUUCAUUAAUGUCAGAUUUAUGUAAUGAUAUGCAAUAUAUACAAUCAUAGACCUUUGAAUUGGCUUAAAUAUAAUAUAAUAAGGCAUAAUUUAUUAGUUUAUUAUAGUAAACUAAUUUAUUAGUUUAUUAUUCUUGCUUAUAUUGUAUAAUUUCUUCCAAACAAUUUUGCGGAUGCCCGAGCUACUCCUCCCGGACAUCCAGGGGGACCAGGGACUCCAGUUUGAGGACAUUGCUCAAACAUAGUGGUCGAAGACAUUCACACAGUACUGUCGCUAAAAUAAAAUGUGUGUGUCAUCAAACAGAUUUGAUGCUCAGCAGUCUCAUGCAAACUAAUGGGAGCAAGGCGAUAACACAAAAUAAAAAAUUUUAAAAAAUGGUGACUUAGCUAGUCUUGAUAUUCCUUUGUAUAUUUAAGACAGGGAAAUCCUCUAAAGAGAUUUUGAUAUCACAUUUAUAAUGCUAAGUGAUAACAUGUUCUAUGACCAGUGGGGGGUUCCUUCAGGUAAUAAUUUGAGACACAAAUCUUCAUUAAUAAGGAAUCAAUCACAGAUUUUGAUGAAUGCUUUUCGUUCUCCAUCAAUCUUUAAUUUAACUUUAAUUUCCAUUCAGCAAGACAUUUAAGAUAACUCUGUACUUCCAACUGCGUGGCCCAGUGCACAAAAGCAAAACCGUAACGGUGUGAUUAGAUGAGACUGGUGUCGAAGAACCUGACAGACAACCCCAUCAAACAAAUUGGGAUGAAAUGAGCCGAGUUUGGGAGCUAAAAUCAUUGACCUUAACAAAGGUCUUCUGUAGGGACUAUCCACAAAAAGAAACUGUUGGACAAAGUUGGAAGUCAACAGUUUUCCAAACACUCGUAUUCUUUCAUUGUCAGUUCCCGCACAAAUACUAUUGCCCCUGUCAGAGAUAAAGCAAAUGGCCUGCAGGGAGACGGUUAGUAGGCAGGUUAUUCUUUUGUGUGGGUUUAUAUACACGUUUAGACAUUUUAUUAGAUUCUGGUGAAUAAUAUUAAGGUAGAAUGACUUUGUUAAUGGUCAAAUGUAGUGUACAUCAAUGUACACCUAUCAAGCUGUGCUGGGAGGUAAUAAAUAUUUAUUGGCAAUAAAUAACAAUAAAUAGACUAACUUCCUUGUAUUUUCAAUUAAAAUUGACAAAACAGAAUCAUGAGUUUCCGCCAACAUGUUACUUUAAAAACCCCAAAACAUUAAUAGUAGCCAUAACAUUUUCAUUGCUAUUCCAACAUUUUUUGCAGUUCUUUUCAGUCAGGAAAUAAAUUCAACUGAACACUAACAUGUUGAUUUUAGCAGAUGUACUUUGUUUAGGUACUUGUUUGUGUCAUGUUAUC